AUGGGGUGGAGCAAGGCAGCAAUGUUGGGGGUGAUAGGCCUAAUUGCGGCUCCUACUGUCCUAGUUGCGGCGCUGAUGUUCCCGAUGCCUAAAGCCGACGGCCCGUCCUAUGACUUCCACGAUGAGUCGUGCCCGAAACUGCGGCAGAUGGUGCACGACUCCGUGGAGGAGGCGCUAAAGGAGGACGUCGGCAUCGCCGCCGGUCUCCUCCGCAUCAUGUUCCACGACUGCUUCCCGCAGGGCUGCGACGCUUCGCUUCUAGUCCAUGGACGGUACUGGAGCGAGACGAGCUGGCCCCAGAACAAGGGGAUAAGGCAAACCGCCAUGGCUCUCAUCGAGACCAUCCGAGCUAAGGUGCAGAGUCCAGGCGCGUGCGGUCCCACCGUCUCCUGCACCGACAUCAUGAACCUCGCCACCCGCGAGGCCGUGAUGCACUUCAACGUGCCAGGCUACGCUGUGCCGCUCGGUCUGAAAGACAGCCUAGCCCCCGCUGACCUGGCCAGAAUCUGGGAGCUGCCGGGGCCCGACUUGAGCGCCGCCGAGCUGCUCCAGAGGUUCGCUACCCGCGGCUUUGACGUCGCCGACGUGGUGGUGCUCUCUGGGGCGCACACCAUCGGAAGGUCCAGCUGCGGCGGCUUCCAGGACCGCUUCCAGGAGAGCACUGGCUUCGCUCGCCGGCUCCGAGCCAACUGCAGCAGCGACGCGAACCGGCUGCAGGACCUCGACGUGACCACCCCGGACAGGUUCGACAAUGAGUACUACCACAACCUGCUGGCCGGGAAGGGGGUGCUCACCUCCGACCUGCAGCUCCUCCGCAACCACACCACCCGCUGGUGGGUCAACAACUUUGCGCAGGACCAAGGGUGGUUCUUUGCGCAGUUCGGUACCUCCAUGAGCAAGAUGGCGCAUUUGCCCAGUGAGGCCGCACAGCAUGGCGAGAUCCGCAACUUCAGUUGCUUCUGGUCCAACCAGCGAUGGCUCACCGCCUCUGCUUGA